GGUUAUUGAGUGUAGGAGGCGGUGCGCAGGUUUAUCAGCACAAAAGUGGAGUAUAUUAAGCAGUCAAUGAAGGAUGGAAGGUCUGUUUUUGGAGCUGUCCACCAUGAAGUCAAGCAUUCUUCUUUUAGCUUUGCUGCUCUCUCUGGGAUGCACAGGUAUUCCUCUCUACAGAUCUGAGCUGCAGUCGAUGGCAGACAAAGGUCUGGGGGCUGCUCUGGCAGAGGUCAACUCUGCUUAUGCUGUCAGUAAUCUCUUCAGAGCGUCUCGAGCUACCGUCAAAAAGGUUCUUCCCAUGGGCCGGAACACCACUGACAUGUUGAUGAUGUUUGACAUAAAGGAGACAGAGUGUGCAAAAGCUACCAGAAAAGACCCGCAGACAUGUGCCUUCAGGCCAGGCUUUUUUGUGUCCUCGUAUCCCUGUGCGGCUCGGGUCCGAGUGUCUGGCGUCUCAACUCAUUUGGUCUCCCUCCGAUGUGGCCUUGUUGGCAGCUCGAGCUCAGAAUCCAGUGAGGAGGUGUUCUCAAGAGGAAGACCCUCAUUAAAUGUCCCAAUUGUAGACAUGGGGCCCGCUCCAUCUGUGCCUCCUGUCCAGUCUGGUCGUUCCCUCUACAGCCAAAUCGAGGACAUCCGGCCUAGAGGAGACACUUUCAACAACUUCCUGGUGUAAAAGUCUCUUGGGAUAUAUUUUACGAGCUGAAUUAAAAUAUUUUGCAUUUCC